AUGGUCUCGCGUUUUAUCCGAACAGGACUGAGCCGCUUCAUGCUUCGGCGCCUCCGCGGACCCAGUGAAGGGACAAACCGUCUCUGCACAGACCCUCUCGAGACCGACGACGGCUUCGUCUGCGCCUCCUCAGCAAACGCGGGCUCCUUCGAUGAGCGUGCAAGCGGUGUCCACAGCGUUCCUCCGGGACCGUGCCACGUGGCCGGCCGUGCUGGUCCUGUGUCCUCCAGAGCCGACACGGGCCUGCCUCACGUCUCAAAGAACCUGGCAGAGGAUGACGAACACCUGAAAGCUGUAGGCUUCGUAUUGAGCAAGGAAGUUGCUAAAGCGCUGAAGGAAUGGGAACCGGGACAUUCAAGACCAUUGGCUGCUCGCUUUGUGGUGAACCAGGCAGCAAUCACGGCUCUUUGGUAUUCUGUGCCAACAGGGGAUAAUGAUGGACAAAACAAAGCUGCUUGUACAAAACUUUUCAGUGCCCUAGCAAUAUGCCGAUACCCUUUGGGGAUGCACGAAGGGACCAUCCGAGAUGAAGACAUUACGGCCUCCAGUCAGUGGUAUGACUCCACCGGACCCCAGUACGCACGGUUGCAGAGGGAAGAGGGGGAUGGAGCGUGGUGCCCAGCGGGCCUGUUGCAGCCGGAAGACGUGCAGUUCCUCCAGAUCGACCUGCACAAGCUCUUCUUCAUCACGCUGAUCGGGACGCAGGGCCGGCACGCCCGCGCCACAGGCAAAGAGUUCGCCCGGGCCUACCGCAUCGAUUACAGCCGCAACGGGGAGCGCUGGAUCUCCUGGAAGGAUCGGCAGGGGGGGCAGGUGAUUCAAGGCAACACCGACACGUACGAUGUGGUCCUGAAAGACCUUCGGCCCCCAAUCAUUGCCCGCUAUAUCCGGGUGAUCCCCGUGACGGAGCUGCCCAUGACGGUCUGCAUGAGGGUGGAGCUCUAUGGCUGCCUCUGGUUUGACGGUUUGGCGUCCUACAGCAUCCCUGAAGGAGGGACCAUCGCAGCCCCUGGCUCGCCGAUCGUUUACCUGAAUGAUUCCACCUACGAUGGCUUCCAGGAGCGCAGGCACCUGUACGGAGGCCUGGGCCAGCUCACCGACGGGGUGCUGGGCCUGGACGAUUUCACCCAGAGCCACCAGUACCGGGUGUGGCCAGGGUACGACUAUAUCGGCUGGAAGAACGAGAGCUUCAGCGCAGGUUUCGUGGAAAUGGAGUUUCAGUUUGACCGGCAGAGGAACUUCACCUCCAUGAAAUCUUCCACAAGGCUGAUUGCCGAGUGGGAGCCCGACCCGGUGGGCGUCUCCACCAUCUUGGAUGACAAAAACCCCAGCGCCAGGUUCGUGACCAUCCCCCUGAACCAGCGGGUGGGCAAGGCCGUCCUUUGUCGUUUCCACUUUGCCGACACCUGGCUGAUGAUCAGUGAGAUUUCCUUCCAGUCCGAGACCACGUCUGUCCUAACCAGCACCUGGGUGGGGGAGAAAGCCGACGACUCCAGCACCUCCGUCCUGGUGGGCUGCCUCGUGGCAAUCAUCCUCCUGCUCCUGGCAUUCAUCGUCGUCAUUCUGUGGAAGCAGUAUGUCCACAAGAGGCUGGCGAAGAGAUCCUGCAGCGGUGACUACGCGGAGCCCGACCUCACCAAGUCCACCCCCCACCAGGGCUUCCAGAACAACGUGCCCCACUACGCGGAGACCGACAUCGUCAGCCUGCAGGGCGUGACGGGCAAUAACAUGUACGCCGUGCCGGCCCUCACCGUCGAUUCGCUCACCAAGAAGGACAUCUCCGUGGGCGAGUUCCCCUGGCAGCAGCUGCGGCUCAAGGAGAAGCUGGGGGAAGGGCAGUUCGGAGAGGUGCACCUGUGCGAGGCAGAUGGGCUGUUGGAAUUUUUGGGACUCUCCUCUCUGGAGCUCCCCACCCAGCCGGUGCUCGUGGCAGUGAAAAUGCUCAGAUCCAACGUCAACAAAACAGCCAGAAACGAUUUCCUAAAGGAGAUCAAGAUCAUGUCCCGGCUGAAGGACCCGAAUAUCAUCCGCCUGCUGGGGGUGUGUGUGCGGGACGACCCUCUGUGCAUGAUAACCGAGUACAUGGAGAACGGAGACCUCAACCAGUUCCUGUCCCAGCGGGAGAUCUGCAGUAGCUUCGCCUUGUCAAACAACAUUCCCUGCGUCAGCUACUCCAACCUGCUCUUCAUGGCCACCCAGAUCGCCUCCGGCAUGAAGUAUUUAGCCUCCCUCAACUUUGUGCACCGAGACCUGGCCACCCGCAACUGCCUGGUUGGGAACAGCUACACCAUCAAGAUUGCGGAUUUUGGGAUGAGCAGGAAUCUGUACAGUGGGGAUUAUUACCGGAUCCAGGGCCGGGCGGUGCUGCCGAUACGCUGGAUGGCCUGGGAGAGCAUCCUCCUGGGGAAGUUCACCACGGCCAGCGACGUCUGGGCCUUCGGGGUCACGCUCUGGGAGAUGUUCACGCUGUGCAAGGAGCAGCCCUACAGCCUCCUCUCGGACGAGCAGGUCAUCGAGAACACCGGGGAGUUCUUCCGGAGCCAGGGCAGGCAGAUCUAUCUGUCCCAAACCCCUCUGUGUCCAAACGCUGUGUUUGACCUGAUGUUAAAGUGUUGGAGCCGAGAUAUAAAGGAUCGUCCCACUUUUGAUAUGAUUCACCACUUUUUGGUCGAACAAAUGGAUGGUACUGUUUGA